UCCCCGAGGCUCCAGUUGACUUCAGGAUGAGGCGGCCCUGCUGCUCUCUGAGCCCGGAUUAACAAGCAGAGAACAGUUUUUUUCCCUCCAUCAGCUGAAGCCAAUAAAAGCAACAAAAAACACAAGAAGCACAAGCAUCCAAGUCAGGAACGUGCAAUGCUGAUGGAAGUGUGUUACACUAAUGGACUGGAGACAGACCUUUCGCAGCAGUAUCCUCCCCCUCUACUGCCAAAACCAGGCAAAGACAAUGCAAGGCUUCAGAAACUUAAGAAGAAGAGAGCCAAGAAAAAAGGCAGCCUCUCUCAGACGCCCAUCCCCUUCCGCUCCUGUUUAUCGCCUGUAAAUGAAGCCAGCACAGACCUAGAGCACAGUGAUCAGUGCAGCCCACCAAGGACGCCAGAGUCACUCUACGUUGCUGACUCCUCUGUCUCCGGUUAUCCCUUUGGCUCUUUCUACGAUCACUCUGUACCUGCAUUCCCUCAUCCUCAGAGCAGUCUCAAUGGACAAACCAACAGCUUUCACCCUGCAUCCCACCCAGCUGGGUUCAGGACCUCUCAACCGCAAGUGGCUCCGCUGUACGAGUGCUCCUCUUUCCUAUUUGAUGAUGCUUCUCCCUUCAUACUUCCACCUUUGACAUAUUCAGCAGCACGGCAGCAGGUUUCUGCACCACGUCUUCCCCCAGCUUUCAACAUGACAUCAAACUCCCAUGGGUCAGUCACAACAGUCUCUCCAGUUGCCAUCUCACAGUGCAGCCCAAAAAUAUCAACCCACAGCCUGACCCUGUCCACUGGUGCCGCCAACUCCGGCAUUGACCCAACGCCUUCUCAUGUUGCAGGUCUUUCUCCUGCUCCACUGCCCCUAUCAGUUUCAAACACUCAUACACAGCCAUUCAUUCCCAGCCAGAGGGAGACAAACACUAAUAUAAAGGAUGACUUUCAGAGACAGACAUUAACUAGAGCUAACAUAGCCAGCAUUGGCAAUAGUGCUCUUCGGCUGAUGUCUUCUGAGAUAACUGUCUCUAAAAUAUCUCUUGUCGAUGCAGUGAAGGAGCCAAAGAUUGAAGCCAUGCCAGCUAAAAUCUAUACAUCUAAGGCCACAUUUUAUGAGAUAUCCAAACCUCACUCUGUCCAGGACCUCACAGUGAUGAACCUAGCCCCUCAAGGAGCCUCUUUAUCUGGAGGACUUAGUCAGAAAGCCUCUGUGCCGUCAGUAAAUGCUGAUCAGGAACUGUCUUCACCUUGGAUCCAGAGUGCGAGACCUUCGCCAUUGGCUUACACACCAGCUCAAAUAUCAACUCCUAUUUUUGAAACAUCAAAACCCAACCCACUUACAUCCACUGUGAACCCUACUUUCAACUCCUUCCAGGAUUUACAGGCACUAGUUAUUAAGAAAGAGGCACUUAGAGACAAUUCAGCAAUUCCAGGUUGGUCUUUGGGUAAACCUUCAGCUGCGACUGAAGAACAAAAGCAAACUGAUGACACUAAUCAAACUUUCAUCAAACAACAAAACAUGUAUAGGGAGGUAGAAAUUCCCAAUACACGGAAGAGUACAAUGAAUCUAAGUUUGGUCACUUGUGAGUCACACCACAGAGAGAAAAUUAAUAUGCAUGAAUUUCCUGUGGUUAGACCUACAGUAACACAGUUCAUCAACCCCAACACAGACCAGGUUGCAGAAAGCAAAGCUUCAUCUCUGCCAACGGUGCCAUCAUUUCUUUCUGUACCAAACAAUCUCAGCCCUACACCUUUGAUUUCAGUGCAAGGGUCACAAAGUCCAAGCCCAGGGUUCUCCACCUAUCGUCCUCCUGUAGUGGAGGCACGCAAGUCUUUGACCUCUCUUUUGGAGACACAAAUGUCAUUAGCAAGCUCAAAGCCCAAAUCCCGUUCUACAUAUUACGGACUAACUCCAGUUGAGUAUGCUGCCUAUGGUGGAAUAAGGACAGGUCUUUCGCAUGGCAGUGCUGUGCAUCCCGACGUUGAUGAAAACUCUGACAUCACCCAUACAGACAAAACUCUAGAGGACUCAGGUGUCUCAAAGCAAGAAAAACAUUUUGAUGGACUUGAGGAUCUAACUUCUGUGGGUCACAAAGAACAGUCAUCCCACUCAGAAGUUUCAGAGGAAGGGAUUUUCACACACUGCAAUGAUGAUAUCACAGAGGAAAGUUGGACUGGAACUCAGGAUGUUGGGAUAGAGUCAGUAAAAACAUCUGCAGUGGAAACAGUAGAACCCAACUUUCCCUUUGGAUUGGCACAGAAAACAAUACUGCAAUCCACAAGUGAUGCAUCCACAACUAAAGCCUCAUACUCAGAGGCUUCAAUACCAAUACCUAAAGCAGGCCUCAGUCUCAGUAAAAGCUCCAUCUCCAAACAGAGGAACAUCACCGUCAUCUCAGCUAAAAACUGGACUCAAAGGCAAGGACAUUCUGAAGGCCAUAAGUACACCCAAGGAAACGCCAGCAGUCGAAUCCUUCACGAAGUCAACGACAUCAACUGCAUCUUCAGCUACUGAGAAAAAGUCAGAAGUAGAGGGAACAUCAAGUUCAUCCACUGAGCAAAAACCAACCCAGAAGCUAAAAGGCCUUAAGGGGAAGCUCAGUGGGUGGACAAGGCUCAAAAAGCACAUGGUUGUCGAGCCAGAGGAACCCAAAUUUCCUGAUCCCGUGGACAAUCCUUUGGUCACUCCUAUUGGCAGUGACGGAAUAACCGAUAACAUGAUGGACAUGCCGCCUGCCGACCAGGAUAUGAACCAGGAAGUUAUGCAGAACAAAGAAGGACCCAAGGCACUAAAGAUGUGGGAUGCACUCCUCUUCCAAAUGUUCUCUACCAAAGAAAAAAUUAUGCACCAAAUCAAUUCCAACAAGAAAGAUUCAGACACGAAAAAGGCGUCCAAAGACGACCAGGCAGCGCUUCCAUCGUUUGUCAACCGGCUGCCAGUUUUACUGUACAGCCCUCGGUUUAAUGCCAGGAAGCUGAAGGAAGCAGCUGAAAAGCCGCUGAAUAAAAUAGCAGCAGCUUUUGAAAUAGGGCUGAUAAAACGUAAAUCUCAGGAAGAAGAACGUAAGGAUUUCAACAGAACGGCGAAAGGAUUCGGUCCGACUAAAAACACUGAUGUAACUGAUGAGGCUAAUGGAUGAUGUGAUUUAUCCUGUGGGUGAUUUACCACAAAAUAAAAAUUCAGAAGGGCUUACAGAGGAAACAAUAUUUCUGAAAUGUGAGCUAAAAUAGUUGAAUAUCUGAUUUUACUAAAUCAAAACUGUUGUAUGUAGUAAGUGCAUCUUUACCGAGGGGAAAAUAAUAAUACUUUAAAAGCUGAAUCAUCACUUUUCAAAUACUUGUUUCAACUCUGGUGAUUUUUUAAAUUUAUUCUGAAGAACGCCGACAAGUAAAAAAAAUGUAAAUUUUGUUGCCUUUACUGCAAAAGGCUAGAUUACUUACACAACAUUUUUAUGCUUUUAGUACAAAUUCAAUAAGGAUGAAAUUUGGGUGAGAGUAAAACAAAAGAAAAACAUUUAUUCUGUAGUUUUUAUAGGUUGAUUCUGUUUUCUGUUAAUGGUGCCGUAGAUAUUAUUUAGAAUGCAUGAAUUGUGACAAAUUGUCAUGCUUCAUUUUUCUAUUUUUCUAAAGUAAAUAAGUUUUCAGUGUGUUGUAGACAGACAGAUUUUAUUUGCUGUGAUAAAAAGGGCUUUUACAUUCCUGGAUUAACAGGACAGAAUUGUGAAAGAAGGAAACUAAAAUGAAUGAAGUUGAAAUGACUGGUCAUAAAAACUGUAGGUUUCAGAAAGGAAAAGGGAAUGAAAUGGGCCAGAACAGAUGCUUGGCUCGUAUUAGCCUUGCUAGCUGUUGUAGAUGUUCUGAACUUUAACAGACUGGCAUUAAAAAUAAAACUAGAAAUUGAAAGUAGAUUUUUAAAAAGCUGUUGGAGCUAGCACAGUAACAACUGUAGAGCUGAAAGGAGCUUCAGAUGGAUUAUAAUGAAGCUAUUUCUGCUAACAGGCUAAUGUGUAGCAUUAGCCUGUUAGCAGUUUAACCAUUAGCCUCAUACAAGUUGUAUGAGGGUGUAUUUUUGGUGCAGAAAUUUAGUUUAGAAACAUGUUCAUAUGUAAAAAAAAAAAAUAAUAAUUUUUCACCUUUUUUAUUGUAACUUUAUAUUUUAUCCCCAUAUAAACAGAAUUGAUCAAUAUUGUGAUUUAAGCUAGCUAAGUAAGGAAGCUAAGAAUGGGUAAUACUGGGAUUCUGGUUACAGCUGACAUAGUAACCAGGACGUAAAGUUAAAAAAGACGAGUUAGGAUGAAGAAGAUGGUAGUGAAGAGUUUGACUGUAAGAAAGCUCAAGAAGAUGGAAAAAGAGGUUAAGAAGAAGUAUGUUUGAAGCACAGUUUUAUUUUAUUUAACCAUACAAACCCCAUUUUGUUUCUAAACUUUCUUUAAUAAAAACUGUAUAGAAAAGAUGAUCAUAAAGUAGUUUUCUUGGUGCUGGUAAAGAAAACAUAAAAUGAGCAAAGCCCUGUUUAUUACACCAGUGUUUGUAAACUUGUAAACUGUCUGAUGUUUUUUAGAAUAUAUAAAGAGCAAAUCUGUUUG